UGGCAUGAACUGGGUGAACGAAACAACAAGUAUUUCUACCGAGUUAUAAAGGAGCGUCAAUUUAAACAGACUAUACAAUCCCUAAAGUGUUCCGCUACUGGUUCCGUCUUGGUGAAUUCAGAUGAUAUUAUCCGGGAAGCAAAAGGUUUUUACCAGGAGCUAUAUACACCCGAUCUAAUUGAUGGUGCAGCUAUCGAUUCUCUUUUGUCCAGUAUUCUGAAUGAUGUGGUGUUGUCUCUGGAUGAUUCUGAUUUGUUUGCUGAUCCUAUUUUAAUGGAUACUCUGCAAGAUUUGGUUAGUCAUACUCCCCUGCCUAAAAGCCAUGGUAUGGAUGAUGAUCUUCCUUUUAAGGUUUGCAAGUACCUUUCAAGUCUUCCGCGGAUUUCCGUACGAUGCUGCUAGGUAUUCUACAUGAUGCUCUUUCCUUUGAUACUGAGAUAUGCAUCUCUAUUAGUGGCUGGUUAGGUUCGCCUAUACCUCAGUCUCGAGGUCUUCGGCAAGGUGAUUCUCUCUCUUCUCUGCUAUUUAAUAUAGCCUUUGAGCCUCUUCUUCGGUCAAUUCAAAUAUGCUCUGGUCUAUCUGGUGACGCUCUCGGUAACGGUGUGGUGUCUUUCUCGGUCUAUUCUCUGGUUCCUCCGGUGUGGAUCGAUACUCCUAACUCGUCCGAUCACGAUUUUAUCAGUGAUUCGAUGGUAUACUAUCCUCUGUCAACACCUUUUGAAGAGCUUCGUCCUGUUAUUAUUGAAAUCCAAACGAAUGUCACGAAGGAGUCUGUUUGGCGAACCAUUAGAUAUUGCCUGGAUCUCUUAGAGGACACCAAAGUUGCUCCUAUUUUAAUUACGUUCAAUAUAAGCAGCAUUACGGGGAACUUUUUUUUUGAUGAUACCUUUACGAAAGAAUCGUCAUAUUAUACUCAAAGUUCGCAUCUUUGGGCACAUCAAGCAUAUCUGUAUAAUUCUGAUUCUAUCAAGGGCUAUGUUGAUGAAAUCCCUAUGUCGCCAAUUAUUGCUUUAACAUACUUUCUCACCGAAAGACAAAGAAACAUCAUAGCUUUAACCAAGUACGACGACCCAACAGUAAUCGAUUUAUACAGACAUGCCUAUACAAUUUUCACAGACCGUCACGAUGAUAUUCAAGAUAAGGAAGAUGCUCUACUAGACCACACUCAAGCUAUCUCACUUCAGUUUCAAAAGAUUACAAACUGUCAAAACGAUGAUCCGUAUGCCUCCUUAAAACGUAUAAGAAAAUAUGCAGAAGAUGGUCACCAGUUAUCGCAAAAGAUGAUCAAAAUUAUUAAAGAUGAUGAAGAAGAAGAUAGCCCCACUGUUACGCCGAUCGAAUUAGAGUGCAAAAAAAGCGAGGAUCUUAAGUUUAUCGAAAAUUAUCGCAAAAGUAUCAAAGGUCGAUUCAUAUGGGAAGAAGUUUAUAAUGCUGGCCUAAACAAUGAACCAAGUCUUUUCGGUCGGUACAGACUGUCAGGAGCGGACAGGCGGACAGGACAGACAGAAGAAUACUUGCUUACAAGAACAUAAAAAUAAAGGAUAAUUAUUAUAUUUAUUAUAAGAGAGAGAGAAAGAGAAGUAGGAAAAGAGAAGAGAGGAUUAUUAAAUAAUAUAUCUGAUGAAGGGGAAGAAAGAAGAGGGAAAGUUAGGCUAUAUUUAUUGUAAAGGAUUGUAUAGCCAUUUAGCAUAAAAAUAAGCAAUGACUAAGUUUAGUAA